GGUAUUACGAGAAUAAAAUAUCCCGUUAAAUGACACAAUUUUUAUUUUCUAGGAACCAACUGACUGAUCUUUUCACAAAAAUUUACGUUCAACAGGAGGCGGUUAUAGUGGAGAAAAUUAGUAAAGCGUUGGACGUAUACGACUCUGACAAAAUAGGAAUGUUUGGUAAAUAUAUUUUAUCGCAUAACUACAAAUAAAACUUUAGAAAUUUUCAGAUUACGCUUCAACGUAUGCUUGCGCUUCAAUAUUCUCCACCCCGGACACCUUUCCUUACCCGGCUAACAAGUCGAUAAAGUUCUUCAACUUGUUAAACAUGGAUCUCCUAUCGAACCCCGAGGCGAUACUCCAGCCCGCCAACUACCCGGGAAACUGCUUCGCCUUCUACGGAUCCACGGGCAAGAUUAGGAUAAAACUGGGGAGGAAAAUAAACAUAAAAUCCGUAACGAUUGACCACAUAAAACUCAUGGAAGACGCCAGCAGCGCACCGAAAGAUUUUGAAGUUUCCGUAAGCGAAAUCGCUUUGAAGCAAGUCAACUCUGUUCACGGUUUCGUGUUUUAGGGCCUAUACGAUCCCUUGGAUAUAGCAGGGGUAUUUCUCGGACGCUUCUCUUACAAUCUGGAGGGCCGUCCGUAUCAGACUUUCAUGGUGCAACCGAACCAAACGAACACACCGUUCGAAUACGUGGAGUUGUCCAUUUUAAGCAAUUACGGGAGGCGCGAGUUCACUUGCGUCUACCGUUUCAGGGUGCACAGUAUGUACCCCACGGAGACAGAGGCGCUGAAUUAACGAUGUAAGUUGCAAACCCCUAAUGUCAUAUAAGUCAAAUGUUCAGUUCGGAGAGUUGUAAAUAAAUUUUUCAGUGCAGAUUUGAAUAGUUUUGUAUUUUGUAAUAAUAAA